GGUUUCACUCUCUCUCCCUCUCUCUCUUUCUAAAUUAAUAAAGUUGCAGUUCUGUUCAAUGGUCUCUCUCUCUCUCUCUCUCUCAAAAUAGCAGGUUAGCUUCUGCAUGCUCUUCCAUGGAGUUUAAAAUUUACUAAAUUCUCUUCCAAAUUUGGGUGUGUCUGCCUCAACCCCAUAAUACCACACUAUACCUACUCUCCACCUUUACACUGGUAAAGUGAACUCUCUCUCUCUCUCUCUCUCUCUUUUGGGCAACUUUUGGUUAUCCUUUCUAUCAGGUGCUGAUUAGUUUUUCCAUUCAGUACCUGAAUACUCUGCUGUUUUGUUGGCUUUUGGUUGCUUUUUUUUUCCCACUUAUUCAGUCCUUUCCUUUCCAUUGAGCAUGAAUAGUUUUUUUACCUCUUCCUUCAAUGCUUCUUGAUUGAAUUCAGUUUGUUUUGCAGUUUGGUUAUAUUUAUCUUCAUACAAUCCUGAUGGGGUUUCCUUUACAAUCUGUUUGGCUUCCCAGAAAAUGAUAUUCUCAUGAGUUUGGAUUCCAAGUAGAAAACUUGGUGCAGUCCUUUCUUCUUCUUUUUUGGUAUAAAGUUGAGAUUUUUUUUUUUUAAUAGUCAGUUGAUCCUUGGGUAAAAAGUUAGAUAAUUUUCUGGCAUAAUUUGAAGUGGGAUUUGGUUAGAUUUUUGUAAAUUGUGAUUUUAUUUUUUUAUUUUUUUACAUUCAAUGGAAUCUUGGAGCUGUAUUUCUGAAGGGAAAGGGUUUGUUGUAUCAGAUGAAACAUUUUCACAUACUGAUUCACUUUCUAGAAGUUGAAAUGGUUUGAUGGGUUGGGAACUGAAAAUCCCAUGUACCUUCAUGGAAAGUCAAGGUUUUGGGGAGUUGGGUAACUUGGGUUUGCCAGAAAUGGUGGGCAAACAUUUGCAGAGUGAUUCAAUUAGAGAUGUAGUGAGCACAAGUAUGUCUACCCCGAAUUUGUUUUCGGGUGAAGCCGAAUCCUUUUCGAGGAUUUCGAGCUCCAUUGUGGACUCCAGCAGUAGGGAUUCUUCACUCAUUGAUUUAAAACUAGGGAGAUUGGCUGAUCACAAAGGUGUUCAUAGCUCUAAAUUGUCUAAAGGAACUCCCAUGUUGUCCUCAUCUGAAUCAUCCACACCUACGAAGAGAAUGCGUGUUUCGGGUGUGUAUUCUCAGCCCGCCUACUGCCAGGUUUAUGGUUGCAACAAGGAUCUUAGCUCCUGUAAGGACUACCACAAGAGGCAUAAAGUCUGCGAGGUUCACUCGAAGACUGCGAAAGUUAUUAUCAAUGGCAUAGAACAAAGGUUUUGUCAACAAUGUAGCAGGUUUCAUUUGUUGGGUGAAUUUGAUGAUGGUAAGCGUAGCUGUCGUAAGCGCCUUGCAGGACACAACGAGCGGCGGAGAAAGCCUCAGAUUGGGAGUCAUUCUGGAAGAGCUGAGAGGUUCCCUCAGUCAUUUGAUGGUGGCAGAUUUGAAGGGAAUAUGUUAACUACUGCAUCUUUUAUCUGCCAAGAGAUACUCCCUAGUGGCAAUUUGAAUCCUGAGAAAUAUGGAACAAGUGACUGGUGCAGGCGCCUAAAAGUUGAAGGCGGGACUCAUUAUGGGCCUUUUUUGGGGAUGCCUGUUGCAAACGGGCAUCUGCAUUCGAAACCUGUCCUCCCUUCUUACGAUAUUGGCAAACAGUAUCCCCCAUUUCAUGAAAACGGAACUAAUCCUCAAAAUGCAAGCAUAUUUGGUCAGAACGGUAGUCAAUAUCCACAAGAUGCGAGAGGCCUAAGUUCCGGUUCACAUUCUAUUUUUCAUGAGACCGCAUUAGGAAGUCAAAACUUCAAUGUUUUUGACACUGCUUCAGCAGUUCAAGGAUUAUUGGGAAUCUCAGACUCUGGCUGUGCUCUCUCUCUUCUGUCAUCUCAAUCACAGAACUCUUCAGGCUAUUUGUCAGGAAUUCCUAUUGCGCGUCCCUUAGUCAUACCAGCCAGCCAUAACUUCCCUUCUUCAGGAAUGAAUUCUGGAGCUGGCAAUCACCUGAGUCCCAUGCCGCUAUCUAAUGGUUGUGAUGAUACCGAUGAUUUUGGAAUCUCAGAUGGGAUUUUCCAAGGAUCAGGUUUUGUGAACACAAAAGAUCGUCUACCCUUUCAAGAUGGAGCCACUAUCAACUUGCUUCAACUGUCAUCGCAGCUCCAACGAGUAGAGGAUCAACGGCAAUCCAUGCUGGUGAAGCAGGAAAAUGAUGCUUUCUGCUUUACUGAGAAUCACUUAAAAAGUGAUCUGCAAAUAAGGUAAGUUGAUGUGUACCACAGUAACUUUGAAUUCUAUCACGGUGAUUAAAAAUCCAAAUGGCUGCCUUGUAUCAUCGAUUAUAUGCCACGUUGAAGAAUGAAUAUGUCCGAAAAAUAUAUUUGGACUCGACUUGAGAAACAUGUGUCAUUAGUUCGCACGAACCUGUCACUUUGUAAUUUACAAUAAUCUCUGCUGUAUUCACAGUCCAAUUUCUAUUUGAAUUCAUCUUAUUACUAUUUUGGACUUC